AUGAUCACAGACGUUGAAGACACUCGAAUCGUCGACGAACACUUCCCCCUCUCCUCCUCGCACCAGCUCUUCCCUCGAAAGGGAGGAGGCGGAGGCGGCGGCCACGGUGGUGGUAGAGGAGGUGGAAAGAGUGGAAAAGGAACCAGCGGCGGCAAAUCUACCCCUGUUAAUGUUGGUGGUCAGACCAUGACCGCUCGUGCCAGUUCUCCAGGUGGCGGUCGUGUGUGGUACGGAAGUGGAUUCUACGAUUCGAACGAUGAUCCUGGCGUAGCUGGACGGAAUUUAACGUUCCUCGUUCCUGCUAGCAAUGCCAACCGUCCUGGAGGCCCUUUGAUGUCUCUCGAGAUUCCAUCCAUGAAAGGCUCAGAGACAUUCAGAAUCAUCUCAGACGAAUUUACCGUCGACUCUCUCUCAGACUACAUAAAGGAAAAUUGCAAGGACCUCAUUGGAACACUCUCCUCACUGGCGAACAUAAGCGACUCCGGUUACAAGGCUCUCCUCAACCCGAACAAGUUCUCUACUACUAUCGUGCUUCUCUCAAGUGCUCCUGGGCCGUCUGUCGACACUGACGCCUACAAGUUGGUCGAGUGCCUCAACUGGACUAUCGUCGACACGGUUCCUCUUUUCGACUCGGCCUUCACGAAGUACCAGGUUCCUGGCGGGAUGACUCUGGCGUUGAUCCUCGUCGUGAUACACCUCUUGCGCUGA